UGGAGGCAUGCAACCGCAGAAGACAUCAAAGAGAUGGGUGAUAAGUUAGAGAUUAUCCCGACGGUAUGCAUCUACACGAAGAAGAGAGACGGACGCUACAAGUGUCGUCUCGUAGCACUAGGAAACAGGCAAAAGCUAUCUCUUCAAGGAGAAAUAUACAGCCCAACUGUGAGCCAUGCCGCUAACAGGUAUUUACUUGUUGAAGCAGCAGCACGCGGAUGGAAAGUUAGACAGUUCGAUAUUUCAAAUGCGUUUGUGCGUGCAGCUCUAGGUGACGAGAUCGUGUUAUGUCGCCUGCCCAAGCACAACAGCUGGAGCAAGAACAAAGAAAAAGGCGAUGUUGUCAGGCUGUUAAAGUCGUUAUACGGUCUGAAGAUCAGCCCACGCCGCUGGUAUGACGAAUAUUCCGGCAGACUCAAGAAGUUAGGCUGGGUUGUAUCCGAACACGAACCAGGUUUGUUCAAGAAGUUUGCAAAAGACAAACAGGGAAAAGAGCAAGAGCUCUGGCUAGCAGUUUACGUAGAUGACAACAUUAUCUCAGGCGAAGAUGAUGACCUUGUCGCUGCAGAAAUGAAUGCAAUUUUAGCAGAGUUCCCAGGAAAAGAAAUUCUCGCAGAAUAUGACAAGGAAGGCAAUGAGAUCCGCGACCUUCUCGGCGCAAAGUUGACCUUCAACGCGAAAAAGAGAGUCAUGAAAAUCACUUGCGAAGACGCAAUUGAUAAGCUGCUUGAGAAAUUUCACAUGAAGGACUGCCGCGCAGUAGUUUCCCCAUGUUUACCAAAUUCCCACGCAGACUUGGACUCGCCGUCGAAUUCCACAUUUCCGAUAAGAUCGCUAGUAGGCGGAAUGUUGUAUAUCAGUUGCGUUGCCCGGCCUGAUAUCGCAUUCGCAGUACAAAGAGUAGCGACGCAGGUAGCUAGUCCAACCGACCAAACGGUAAAAGAUGCUAAGCGUAUUCUGGCGUAUUUGAAAGGAACCAAAUCGCAAGGAUUGGAAUACA